GAAGUCGUUUGUUUCACGUCGGCCUCGUUUGGAAAUGAAAGUCAACUUAUUUUCCGUGUCAUCACGCACGCAAAUCAACGUGGACAUUUAGAAACAUGAACAUUGAUGCGUGUUGAACAUAUUUAACAUAGCAGUUUAAUUAUCGUUUAUUUAUUUGGAAAGUGUGAAGUGAUGGCUUCUACAACAAAUGUUGUUAAAGUUGGAUCUAGGAAAAGUCAGCUUGCCCUUGUUCAAACAAACACCAUCAUCAAUAAAUUGAAGGAAUUGAAUCCAGAAUAUGAAUUUGUAGUUGUUACCAUGACAACUACAGGUGAUAAUAUAUUGGAUUCAGCAUUGUCAAAGAUUGGAGCCAAAGACCUGUUCACACGAGAACUAGAGCUGGCUCUUGAGGCUGGUGAAGUGGACUUUGUGGUCCAUUCAUUGAAGGACUUGCCAACCAGAAUAGCAGAUACCCUAGUCAUAGGAUGUGUGUACAAGCGAGACAGUGAGUUUGAUGCAGUGGUUAUGCAUCCAAAACACAAGGGCAAAAAAUUAGAAGAUUUGCCAGAAAACAGUGUAAUUGGAACAUCAUCGCUUAGAAGAGCAGCUCAACUAUCCAGGAAGUUUCCAACAUUCAAAUUUGAAAAUAUUAGAGGCAAUCUGAACACACGCUUCAAGAAACUGGACGAGGAUGAGAAGUAUGAUGCCAUUAUCCUGGCUGAGGCAGGGCUUGUACGGAUGGGGUGGGAUGACCGGAUAGCACAGGUUCUAACGUCAGAUGAAUGCAUGUAUGCAGUCAGUCAGGGAGCAAUGGCUGUGGAAUGUAGGGCGGGGGACAGAAAAACCCUCACCCUACUGUCCGACAUACACCACCAAGACACUGCUAUAGCCUGCAUAGCGGAGAGGGCUUUCCUGAGACGAUUGGAAGGAGGAUGCAGUGUCCCAGUAUGUGUCUCCACCAAACUGUCAAAGACAAAGUUGACGUUGACGGGUGGUGUGUUUAGCAUAGAUGGCAAGCAGUGUGUACUGGAUACACACUCAAAAGAUCUCCCCGAAGAACCAGCAAACAAAAAGAUGGCAACCAACGGUCACCUGUUUGCUGCAAUUGUGCCUGGUAACAUCGACCCGGCAUUGUGCCACAUCGCAGAAGAAGUUGGAACAGAGCUUGCAAAUCUUCUGCUGGCAACCGAGGCAGCAAACAUUCUCGCUGAGGCUAAGGAGCAGACGGCAAGGGCAGUGAUGGAGGAGAAAGCAAGAAAAGAGCGGGAAAUGGUGGAGAAAACAAAGCAAGGGGAAGUCACUGCAGAGUGCCUGUUUUUCAAGGAUGGGCAGAACAAGGCAUUCUCACAGCAUCAGAUGGACUAGGAUAUGUAUCGAUUUAAUUGUAAUGCCAGCUGAAAAAUG